UCAAGCGAAUGUGAAAUAUAGACAAAAACUGUAGAUAUACCCAUUCACAUAUGUAACACUUUGCCAAUUCCAGAAAAGCAGGUGCUGUUAUCUUCUUCGAUUCUGAUUGUAUUUUAUCCCUGCCAAGCAAAGGCAGUUUAAAUAUAUAAACGUAUUUAUGUAGCAACAGUUUCCUUAGUCCUUUUAUUUUUCUCUUCCUGGUUUGAGAGCUUUGUUCAUUUCAAACCCCUCCCAGUUAAGUCGGCCAAUCAUAUCAGAUGGUCACAGGCUCUGACCUACCUUUGCCACCAAUCACGCUUAGAUAUUUGUGUAUUUAGGCAAUUCACUUCGCAUUUAUCGUUCCGUUGUUACCUUCGAGUGCAGGUUCAGCAAAAAAUACAAGGUGCUUUGAAGAUGAAGGCUCUCUGCGUAACCCUUCUCCUCCUCUCCGAAGCGUAUGGUCUGCUUGGGAAGAAUGUUGAUCAGCCUUACGCGCUGGUGAGAGCUCAGCUUGGAGACACUGUGACUCUCCCAUGUUUCCAUGCUAAAGAUUUUGUGUCCUGUGCCAGCUGGUUUAAGCAGAGUCUUGGAGAGAAGCCCCAGAUUGUAGCAAUAACAAUGAACCCUGAAUCAGAUGCUAUAUUUUUCAAUGAGUUUAAAGACAGUGAACGCUUCAGUGCUAAAGCAGCGAAGGGGAGCUUUAACCUGACUGUGUCACGAGUAGAGCCGCUGGAUUCAGCAACAUACUACUGCAGUAUUACGCACUUCAAUGAGAUCAGCUUUGGAGAUGGAGCCACUUUAAUGGUGACGGGAUAUAUAAUUUUAGUUAUUAAACUGAAUUCUUUAGGUCCAGAGUCACAAGGCAGGACAGUAGUACUGCAGCAGCCCGAGUCUGAGUCAGUGCAGCCAGGAGACUCUGUGACUCUGCAGUGCACAGUACACACUGAGACCUGUGCAGGAGAACACAGUGUGUACUGGUUCAGACAGGGCUCAGGAGAGUCCCCUCCAGGAAUCAUUUACACCCAUGGAAACAGGAGUGAUGAGUGCAAGAGGAGCUCUGGGGCUGUAUCUCCCUCACAGAGCUGUGUCUACAACUUCCCCAAGAGGAACCUCAGCCCCUCUGAUGCUGGGACUUACUACUGUGCUGUGGCCACCUGUGGGGAGAUCUUGUUUGGGAAUGGGACCAAGCUGGACUUUGAGGGAGGUGAAUUAUCCAGGCUUGUGUUACUCUCGAUCAUACGGACUGGAGUUCUCUGCUGCAUCUUGCCAAUAUUUCUCCUGACCUGCUGCAAAAAGGCAUGAAUAAUAAUGCUAAUAUGGGCUUUCAUAUCAUUUAAUCAGCCAGUGAGUCGCAUUCAUAAUAAUAUCUCCUUCUACCUAUUCCUUUUCUUCUCCCUUAUUAUUAUGAUUGUUAUUAUUAUCGUCGUCAUCACCAUCACCAUUAUUAUUAUUAUUGUUGUUAUUGUUAUUAUUAUUGUUAUUUACCAGACAGGCUCCGUAUGCAAAUAAACCAAGUGUAUAAAUCCUCAUGUGCUGUUCUGAUCAUUUUGUCAAAAGCCUGGUUU